CAUGCUGACUUAAUUCAUAGAGAACAAUUUUCGAAAAAUUUACAAUGUAUUCACCCUGGCCUUAGAUGUGUAGGGACCCGUGCCAUUAUGCCUGCGUAUUGUAGGGUUAAGCGUACGGGGAAAUUGUCGCUCUUGCGGAGGGCUCUAAAUAGAACUGGCCGACGCAGCUCUUUAAUUUCGGAAAUAUACCGACAUGAUCAUAAUAGUGCGAAAACCGGCGAAACUUCAAAUGAUUUGAACGUGCUUCCAUCCUUCUCAGGUGAUUCCACAUCAAUUUAUCAUGUGGUUGGCGUUCUUUCAGAAACAUCCACAACAACAAAUGAGUUCGUUAAAGAACUUGACUCGGUCCACUCUCUAACAAUAUCGAAGAGCAGUCACAGCAAAGAUCUUAACAUUCCUGUUACAAAGAGAAUAAGCGGCUCUUUGCAAAAAGGUAUGGACGGCACAUCGUACAAAGCGGAUCAUCCGGUGAAGGGUAUGGCAAAAUGCAAAAAGCGAAUGGCAGACAAGGAGCGUAAACAAGCUAAUUCGUCGACUAUGAAAACAUCUAGCAAGUCGGUGCAAACAGAUGUCAAAUAUGAUUCCAGUAGAACGAGGAAGAAAUCUGGUAUGGCCAUAGAACAGUUUAGCAAUCUGAAGUGCAAGUCAAGCAGUCGCUUUCAAAAUGUGGCUCUAGUGGAAGGAGCCAUUUAUCCUUCCACUUGGAAUAUAAAUGCUAGCACAGAAAAAAUUAAGAACUACCCAAUACUAUGUAGUCUGACCGAGGUGAUUAACUGCAAGCGCCUAAAUCGUACGCCAUACGACCACAAAUUGGAAAUGCCUCCAUCACCCAGGAGGCCCAGGAUGGCUGGUGACUACUGUGGCUGCAACCAUUGCGGCUGUCAGUUUAUAAAGCAUGUAGAUGAAUCCCGAGACUUGAAACAUUUUAGUGGCAGUCCAAAGAAAGCGAAGAUUCAGAAGAAAGCACUGGUAGUGCCACCGCUUCCAAAGGAUAAGGGUCCCGAAAAGUCAUCCACUCAAAAAUGGCGAAGAAAAGCCACUCCCAGUGGCGUUAGUCUGAGCCGUAGUAUGGCCACCUAUAGCAUGGGUGGUCAGGAUGCGUCGCGUUGCGAUAAUCAGAAAAGUUGUCCCUGCCGUAUUAAAAUCCUGCCGAUGAUGGAUGAGAUAAACGCGAAUUGCUGCGAUUUUUCCGAUCAUAGCUCUGGUAGCGUUCAAGAAGCGUCGAACAUUCAAUUGAAAUGUAGGAAUCUACAGAUUAUUUGCUGCAAUUGUCAGGGCGCCACUAAAGGUCAAUUUCCGACGAAUUUGGACGAAUCCGGUCCUACACAAAUUACUGAAGAUGUAAAGAUCGGCCAAAAUUGUGGAAUUAAAAACAUAGAUUUGGCCUCGAAAAAAACGUCGGUGGCGCCCACUCCUCGGAACAAUGACCUUGAACACUUUCUAAGAAUUGAGAGCAUUAGCCAGCCUCCAUCGGUAAAAACACGCAAAAACUCAUUAGAGAGAAUUUAUUCAGAAAUUAUAAUAAGUACCACUCAAUUGCCGCCAGAGCCACUAUCUUUUCCGGCAAGAAUAAGCAAGAGGUCGUCCGAGAGAAAUAUUUCACAAAUGAUGAGCAGGAACGCGUCACAGAAACUUCUUUCACAAAGAAUUAGCCGAAAGCCCUCAUGCAAUGAUAUCGGCAAACUGCAGGAUGAGUCUUCUGAAAUAUCAAUAAUCAGUGUGAGUGACUUCAAGUGCGUGCCAUUGAAAAAAUCGGAUCUCAAAUCGAUGGAUUGUUGUUCGGACGAUGAGAACUACGAGUAUAAACGGUGUGUAUUGAUAGUGAAGCGUAGACGAAAGAGUAAACAGCGAAGUAGUAAAUGCGAUGAUGACAGAACCCAAUGUCCAUCUCGGUUUUCUAGUCAGCAUAAUAUGCCUGAGGUUCGUACACCGAAAUAUGAACGCAAAAAGAAGCAGUUAGAGUCCCGACCAAAUAGUUUUAUGAAUAGUUACCAAAGCCUAAACCACAUUCCAAGCCGACAUGUGAAAAUAAAACCAAAAGUUAGUCGGAUAGGACUAAAUAAGCCAAGUGGUGGUAAAUCUAGAAAUUGUCGUCAACAAGAUCGUGAACGGAGCAGCGUCUCUCAGGGCUUCAAUCGCAAAGCGAAAAGCGAUCGAAGCUGCUCGCAGAAGCGAGCAUCUUCAUGUCGAACUUCAACUAAUAGAGCGACUGAUUAUAAUGAUUAUUCUAAGACGCAUUAUCCAAGCUGUUGCCGUAAAAUGCCAUCAACCAAAUCAGUGAAACCUGAAUCAAAAUUUACAUGGAAUAAUAUUAAUAAUAAUACUUGCGCUGAAACAAAAGAACCCAAGCGGAAGAACAAUUGUACAUGCUGCUGUUCCCGCAAAAAGAGAGCCGAAAAAUCAUGUCAAAAUGAUUUUGAUGAUGAUAUACCACCUAGAAGUCGAUCCAGUAGUCAACACGAUAUAAAUACAAGAAUAUCUACUCAAUCGCUAAAUACUUGUAGUGAUCAAGAAACGCCAGGUACCAGAUUGUGUAGCCGCAAGAGUAGUCUUCAUGAUUUACAUCGGGAGAAAACACCGAGGAGUCGGAUGAGUUAUCAGGAUAUUACUAUAAGUGUAUCAAAUAGUCUUACCAAUAACGAUCCGUUAAACGAAAUUUCAAGAGAUAUUAGUCAUCAAGAAAUUCAAGGCAGUGAAUCGCCACCAGCUGCGAAAAAAUGUGAGCCCCCCUGUGUUGAUAUACCAGUGUAUGUAUGCAACGAUUGUAAGUGCCGGGACGGCGAUUCGAAACGAUCUGCAAAAUGUAUCCAGGUAAGAGCGGAACAAAUUGAAAAAUGCUGCCAGGUCCAGACCGAAAACGACCAGAAUUGGCUGCCCAGCUGUUAUAAUUAUCAAACUGAAAUGCCAGCACCUACAUGCUACUGUUGUAAUCAUCAACCAGCCUACAUGAUGCCAACUCAACCAAUAUGGUACUGGUCUUCUGUGCAUCAGCCCAUUGUUAGGCAGUGUUGUAAGUCCAAUAUAACUUGCUUUUCCCGCUCUCCAAGAACGGUUACGAUGGCAAUGAAUGGAACAGAGCCGCAAACAAAUUUCUAUGAUCAGAUAGCCCCAAGUUGUAAAUCCUGUUCGUUGAGUAAGCCACCCAAUGAAAAUAAUCUAUUGUGCAGUUUUGAGAACGAGCCCGGUAAGUGUAAUAUGAGCAACGAAGAUCCAGGUUUAGUUCCUGAACAAACUAUGAAUUGUUGUAUUAACACUACAGAACGCAAAUGCAGUGGAAGCUCCAAAGGUUGCCCUGGUUGCCGAGUUGAUUACUACGGUGGCAGCGUAGUAGUGCCUCUUCAAAAUCUUCGGCACAGUCUGGCUGAGAAUCCAGCUUGCACUUCAAAAUGUUGCAUUUAUGAUCCCAUUUAUAAGGAAAAGAAAAGUGCCUCAGAAAACGCUGCAAUAUCAGGUGGAUCAGAAUUUUCUCUAACCUACACAUCAAAAUUCGAGAAACAGUGCCGCAUAAAUCCACAAUAUGCGCCAACAACUCUUACCAGCUAUGAAAAAAAUAUAUUAAAGGGCCUGGAAGACCAAAAAACGGGAGCGUUUAUAAAGCUUACUGAUUCUCGGGAUUCUUUAGUAGUUUCACAUGAGAGACUUAACAGACAUGAUAGUUUCACUACCAUAGACUCCGGCCAGUCAACUCGAAAAUAUUGCAAGGACUGCAGAAACCGUCCACAGGUACCAGAUUCAUUCAAACACAAUCCCUUGAGCGAAAUGAGUGAGCCCGAGCCCUGCAACGCAGCUUGCUCGAGGAAAAAAAAACAAUCUAGAGGUCUCUGCAAUAGGAGACCCAGAGGCGAUAGAGUAGAAGAGCAUGAAUCAGAAAAUCAACCAAAAGAACCGAGGGAACGAAAGGGUCUUUGCAAAAGAAAUAGGCCCAAAAAUGAGAGAGUGGAUGAGUACGAGUCAGAUCCGCAAACAGGCGAGAAAAGAGAACGAAGAGGCUUUUGUAAAAGGGAUGGAACAAAACGAGACAGGCAGCCGAAGGAAAAACCACUUAAAAAAGAAAAUUCUUCAACGAGCAGCUUCUUCAGUAAGAAACGAAAACAACCAAAGGAACCAAAAGAAAAAAGUUCUUCGACCAGCUUAUUUAAGAAAAAAGAAAAGAAAAUAAGGGAACCAAAAGAAAAAACCUCUUCAUCAAGCUGGUUUAAUAGAAAAGAAAAAAAACGCAAGGAACCAAAGGAAAAGAAACCAAAAAAAUCGAAGGAACCAAAAGAAAAGAGCUCUUCAACAAGAAGCUUUUUUAGCAGGAAACAAAAAGAACCUAAGCAACCAAAAGCAAAUAGCUCUUCGACAAGAAGCUUUUUUAGCAGGAAACAAAAAGAACCUAAGCAGCCAAAGGAAAAAAGCUCUUCGACAAGAAGCUUGUUUAAUAGAAAACAAAAAGAAGCAAAGCCACAAAAGGAACCGAAGGCGCCCAAAGAACCGAAGCAAAGGAGCUCUAACAGGGGUUUCUUUAAUUGUAAUAGAGAUAGAGAUAAACAACCCAAGCAGUCGCAGAAUUCGAGGCAAGUAAAGGAACCGAAGUCACCAAAAGAACAGAAGCCACCAAAGGAACCGAAGCAAUCAAAGGAGACAGAGCCUGGAAAACCCAAAAAGCAGUGGAACCUUUGUCAACGGCGGCAAGAGAAAAAACAAAACGAUAGAGAGGUUGUACGCCAAUCUUGCAAAGAGCCUGCGCCAACGAAACAAGAAACGGAUCAAUGGCAACGAAACCAAAGUAGAGGACAUCCGCCCCCAGAAGAAGAACCACAUCACUGGCAACAAAACACAGAAAGUAGAGGGCUUCCGCCCCCUGAAGAAGAACCAAAUCACUCGCAACCAAGAACAGAAACCCCAAAACAAACAAAUGACGACGAUGUCAAGGUGUUGUUCGAGUCAAGCUACAACUUUAGUAAAGAUAGUACUCAAAUCUUAGUAGAUGACGAAGAUAUGAUUACGCCUACAACUAAUCGUCGGACACGUGGAGAGACACAACCACCGCAACCUAGUGAAAAUAACUUUUACGCCAUUUGUUCCUGCCAAGAAGGACCUGCCCCUGGACCCUACUGCCAUCAACAAACCUGCUCACAAAAGCGAAAAAAGAGCAUUUUCCGAGUUUAAAAAAUAGCACUGGUAAUAAUAUUUAAAUAUUGUUAAAUUAAGCGUUUAAAUUACGCCAACCAAAUCUAUAAAUUCUGACAAAUAUAUACAGCUGCAAUAAAAUUGAAUAUAAA